ACGUUGGACUUGGAGAGGCUCUCAUGCAUAGUAAUUGCCGCGUUCUGUUCCCUAACGAAAGUGCGUUUCCACUUCUAUUCUUUUCCCGUUUUCGAUUUCCCUUCCCAUCUCCUCUUCCUAUAUAUACUGAAAACCAAAAUCGACAUGCCCAUAUUGUCUUUCAAGGAAGAGCUAGGUAGAGUGAACAGUUUUCCGUUUUCCGUCCGACCGGAGAAUGUUGUCGCGGCAGCCUACACUUGUUCUAGUCCUCCUGGCCAUAACCUUUGUCACUUCGAUUCCUCACUUCUCUGUCUUCGCGACUGCUGCUCGGUUAAUCCCAGGAGAUAGGAAGUCCACCGGAAAUGAACUGGCAUGCGGUUCUGAUGAGCGAGUGCAGUUCUUUGAGGCUUCUGAGUAUAGGAAUGGACCUCAGAGCACUGCUCUGGAUCGGAGCAGUUCGGAGUUCGUGUGUGACCCGAGGCUUGUCCGAAUAGCUAUGACACUUGACCUUGAGUACCUAAGAGGCACUGUGGCCGCGGUUUACUCGGUUCUCAAGCAUGCUUCAUGCCCCGAGAAUAUCUUCUUUCAUUUUGUAGCUUCCAAUUCGAGUUCGAGUUCGAGUUCGAACUCCUCACACUCGGACUAUUUAGCGAUGGUUCUCCGAGCCACUUUUCCUUCGUUGAGGUUCAGAGUAUAUCAGUUUGAAGAAAGCCGUGUGGGCCACUUGAUUUCUUCUUCAAUCCGGCGAGCUUUGGAGAGCCCGCUGAAUUACGCAAGAAACUACCUGGCUGAAAUAUUCGAGCCGUGCGUAGGACGGGUGAUAUACCUCGACUCCGAUAUCAUAGUUGUGGACGAUAUCCGCAAACUGUGGCAGAUUCAAUUAACUGGGUCCAGAAUGAUCGGAGCGCCCGAAUACUGCCACGCCGACUUCACCAAGUACUUCACGGACGAGUUGUGGUCAGAUACCGAGCUGCCUGCAGUUUUUAAUGGAAAGAGCCCAUGCUACUUCAACACCGGUGUGAUGGUGAUGGACCUUUCGAGGUGGCGGGAGGGUGAGUACACGAGGAGGAUCGAGAGGUGGAUGGAGAUCCAGAAGGAGAGGAGGAUCUACGAGUUGGGCUCGCUCCCGCCAUUUUUGUUGGUUUUCGGAGGAGAUGUGGUCCCGAUCGACCAAAGGUGGAAUCAGCAUGGCCUAGGCGGGGACAAUGUAUCAGGCAGUUGCAGGGCCCUGCACCCAGGUCCGGUAAGCCUACUCCACUGGAGCGGGAAGCUGAAGCCAUGGGCGAGACUCGAUGCAGGGGAACCAUGCCCGGUGGAUUACUUCUGGAUGCCUUAUGACCUCUACAAGUUUGCAACUAGCGCAAGAUCGAAUCGGCACGGGGAACCAUCCCGAACAGAGAUGAGGCAGGAUAGGAAAUUUUUUCUUGUGUAGGUGAAAAGAUCAGACGAAAUACUCUUCUUUUUUUUUCGGUAGGAAAUAUUCUUUCAUUGAGUAGUAUGGAAAUCGAGCUGUAGGCAUACAACAACAAUUCUUCCAAGUUCUGUACAUGAUUAGUAAGAGCAAAACAUUCAUCAA